UUAAAAGUCUGAUUUUAAAUGAAAAAUGAUUGAUUAAGGGUUUAAUAUUUACUUUAUUUGAGAUGGAAGUUGAGUAAUGAUCAGUGACGUGUGAACAAACAGUGAUCAGAUAAGAAAAUUAAAAGAUAAAGUAGCAUAAAAUGAAGCAGAAAUACGUGUGUAUGAGGGAAAGAUAGUGGAGAGAUGAAAUCUGGAAGGAGAAGGAGGAAAAAGACAGAGAAGGAGGAAAAAGACAGAGAAGGAGGAAGUGUCCUCGUCGUGAGGCGGAGUGAUCCGGAGCUCUACAGGACACGGAGGCUAAACUUGAUGACGUGGUGCCGGGACGACGAUGGCCGACCAGAGCAGGCAAAAUAAACUCGCCGCAGCUAAGAAAAAGCUGAAAGAGUUUCAGCAGAAGAGUACACAGUCCCCAGUCAACCCUGGACCGAAGAAGAAGAGGAAGGUGAAAGGAGGAGGUCAGGCGGAAACUCCGUCCGCCGACAGAAGCUCGCCAGAACACAUUGAGAAUAUUCUCAAAGUUAUGGUGUCUGAUCUUAGUCUGACUAACGGAUUAGCUCUUCCUCCUUUGGUCAAAAGCCAGGACCACGGUGAACAGGGAACACGAGAAUCCCCCAUUUCUCAGAUGCAGGAUGAUGCAGGAGAACCUGGUCGCUGCUCUCCUGGUUCUAAUCUCUCCACCGCUACUAACACGGAGUGUCUCGCUGACCGCGCUGACCUACAGCAGAACUGUGACCUGGAUGCCAACGGUGAUGAACACACUCCAGUGGAAAACAGGCCGCUGUCCUCCACAGAGAGUCUCAGGCAGCUCUCGCAGCAGCUCAACGGCCUUCUCGCCGAGUCAUCAUCAUCAUAUGUCAAUGGCGAGACUGGACCAGCGCUUGUCAACGAAAAAGCACUGGAGACUCGAAUCCAGGAGCUGGCAGAUGCUCUGGACUCCAGCACUCUAGAAAAUUCCCAGCUCACUGCAAAGCUAGAGACACUGACGAAGCAGUCUCAAGUGAUGUCCGAGCAGAUGCAGAAGGAGCGGAAGGACUUCGAGCAGAAGUGUGUGAAGGAACAAGGGGCGAUGCGUGAACAACUGCAGGUUCACAUCCAGACUAUCGGCAUUCUCGUGUCUGAGAAGUCUGAACUGCAGACCGCUCUGUCUUUUACACAGCACGCAGCACGCCAAAAGACAGAAGAGGCAGAGGAACUGAAUAAUCGGCUGCACUCCAGCAAGUACAGGGUGUCCGAGCUGGAGCGGACUUUAUCCACAGUGUCCACACAGCAGAAACAGCUGGAGAAGCAUAAUAAAGAACUGGAGAAGGACCGGGACAGCCUGCGACUGGAAAUCUUCAGACUAAAUAACGCGAACGAGGAAACGAAGCAGCAAAGCUCCGAGCUAGGAGAACAGCUGAAGUUAAAGGUGAGGGAGAACAGCGCUCUGAGUCUGGAGCUGGACGAAGUGCGCAAGCGCCUGGAAAUGGCCGACGUCAUGCUGCAGCAGUUCUCCAAUCAGUCAGGAACUCCGUCCGAGCAACAACAGCUGCAGCUGCUCCUGGAAGAAAAGCAUCAGCUCGAGGUUCACACAGCACAGCUCAUGGAGUCAGUAUCACAGCUACAGAGAGAGCGAGACCAGUACGCAGAACAGAUUCAGGAAGAGGGCCGAGUCUGGAAAGACAAAACCGAACAGCUUCUCACUCAGGUGACUCUGAUGUCAGAAGAGAGAGACAAAAGCACUGCUCAGAUCCAAGAGCUACAGGAGCAGAUUACAGAGCUGAAAAAUACAGCAGCUUCACUGUCACAGGAGAGAGAACGCCAGGUCACGUCUCAGGCCUCAGGACCCUCGGAGAAGGAGCUGGCAUUGGAGGAGAGCGUCCGCACCCUGCAGCAGGAGAGAGACGCUCUCAGUCUGCAGUACCAAGCACAGGUUCGGGAUAACGAACAGCUGAGCUGGUUGGUGCAGGAGCAAGAGACACGGCUGGCGGAGCUGGAGGCGCAGGCGCAGCGUGCAGCCGAAGAUUCUCACGACAAACUGCGCAUCCUGGAGGACGUUCAGAGCGACAAAGCCACCAUCAGCCGAGCCCUCGCUCAGAACCGGGAGCUCAAAGACCAGCUGGCCGAGCUGCAGAACGGCUUCGUCAAGCUGACCAACGAGAACAUGGAGCUAACCAGUGCUCUGCAAUCAGAGCAGCACGUGAAAAAGGAGAUCGCUCGUAAGAUGGGCCAGCUUCAAGAGGAUCUCCAUAACGCCAAAGAGCAGAUGAUGGAGCGGGUACAGGAGUGUUCGUCCCUACAAGAACAGAGGGAUCAGUACCUGGCCUACCUGCAGCAGUACACUACCGGUUACCAGCAGUUGGUCUCUGAACGGGAGCAACUUCAUAAGCAGUUCCUGCAGCAGAUCCAGCAGAUGGACCGACUGCAGCACGAUGAAGUUCAGGGCAAAGUGCAGCUGGAGCAGAGUCAAUUACAGCUACAGCACGCCCAGGAAAGACUUGACCAGCUGGCCAAGGAUAACGAGCAGCUUAAAACAGAGGUUCAGGAGCUACUGAACAGCUCCUCGCUAAAUACAUCACUCAGGGACCAGGGUGACGGAGUGGAAAGCUAUUCCCUACCAGAAACCUUCCAGAAAUCUUCCAUAGCUAUCCCAGAGGACUUUGAGAGCAAAGAGGAAAUGGACGAGUUUCUGCACUCUGCUCUGUCUCAUCUGGAGCGAGAACGGGAUGAAAUCCUGCAUCAGUUAGAAGAAGAGAGGAGGCUUCAUCAGGCUGCUCUUCAUCAAGUCGCCAAUUUGAGUCACGAGCAUCAUCACCACAGCGCGUGUUCCGAGACAGGGAGUACAGACGGCGUUCCCGUCGAGGUGCACGAGGGACUCCGGGCCGCCAUGGAGAAGCUCCAAGAGAGAUUCACUAGCUUGAUGCAGGAGAAAGCAGACUUGAAGGAGAAAGUGGAGGAGCUGGAGCAUCGCUGCAUUCAGCUGUCUGGAGAAACCGAUACGAUCGGGGAAUACAUCGCGCUGUAUCAGAAUCAGAGAGCAGUAAUGAAGCAGAGACACGUUGAAAAGGAGGAGUACAUUAACAGGCUGUCUAAAGACAAAGAGGAGAUGAAGACGAAGUUGGCCGAGCUGCAGGAUCUGGUGAUGCGUCUAGUCGGUGAGAGGAACGAGUGGUACACCCGCUACAUGAGUGCCAUCAAGAAUCCCGACUUCAUGCAGCCUGGUGGAGACGACGUCCCACCUGCAGGGCCACAUCUGGAGCUGGAUGCUGUGGAUGGCCCGGUAUCUAUGGACAUGAGCACAGCUGUCAGUGCGGCUCCAGACAUGCAGACAAGGACGGAUGAAAACCCACAGGACACAAUCGUUCCCCCUGCCGGAUCUUCGCUGAGGCCCAGAGAAGACGGCACGGCUCGGCAGAUCAUGCAGCUUCUCCAGGAGAUGCAGAACCCUGAAUCCCAGCCUCCUCCAUUCCUAGGAGAGAACCCCUGCAUCCCGUUCUUCUACAAACCCGACGAGAACGACGAAGUCAAGAUCAUGGUGAUCUGAAGGCCGUUCCUUACCUCUGUCCCUAGAAUGAAGACCUUAUGCUUUCUCUCUCUCUCUCUCCCUCUCUCUCGCCUUUUUGCACAAAUAAGAGCCAACAUUAUGACUCGCAUGAUGUAACUGGAGUUGGGCAUUCAGUGUUUUUCAUUCACAUACGUUUCUGAGGUCUUAAUGGUGGGUGUGAAGGCUUCUUUAUCUCGGGCUGUUCGUUUCUUUAGACGUAGUCGAUAAAGUUUUAUUCAUUAUAACACAAAUAAUGCGUAUUUUUGAGGCGUAUAUCUAACCUGGGGUGCUGCGAUUUGUCUUUGCUCUUCCUGCUAUGUAAUAAUGGCUUUAAUGGCUUCCUCUCAUAGUUUAAUCCUCUAAACAUUCGGUGCAAUAGAAAGAAACCAGACUCGUUCUUACGUCGUAAGAAAAACGCCGAUCCUAAGGAUGCAUAUGUAAAAUCAAACACUUUUCCUAUAUCGUCUGGUAGACGGAGGAAAUCCGCCUGCCCGAUGUUUAGGUUUAUUUCAAGUUAACCUUGCACUUAAGCAGCUUUACUAAACACACAAUUUGCAUAUCUGAAGAUUUCUUCUUAAUAAAGAAGGAGAGAGUUAAAUCCUCUAGGUCUCGAAAAUCAAAUCCCGUCACAUGGAGACAUACAAACCCAGUAGCGUAGUCAUCGGUCCAGUCGAGCAUUUUGAGUGUCCAUCAGUGAACCCGAUGUAAAGGUGUCAGAUAAAAUGUCAGUAAUGAAGUUCGGUUAAUGUUAAAAACUGGAAUAUGCAGUUUUUGUUACAGUAUAUGGAAGAGUAUUGGAUGUAAACGGUCCAGCAAGUUGUAAGUAAGUUCUAGAUCACAAACAAGCUGCACUGAAACGAUAACAACAAAAAAUAUUAUCAUCAAUAUUUAGAUCGGUGUGAAAGCUACAGCGAGGCCGGCAGUCGUAACGUGAGCUGUGAAAGGUGUAAAGACGUGAAGAUGAAAGAAAAAUAUAAUAAUAAUUAAUAAUCGCUCGUACAAAACAUUAUUUUCUCUCACACACCCGAAGCUCACUCGGAUGUAUAUAAUGUUUACUGGAGUGUCUUUCCGUUCCAAACCCCACACAGGAAAUGUGUAGAUGUACAGAAUUGGCUGCUUUUUCUGUGUGCAUUUGUGUGUCUGAGAAUGAUGUGUGGUGUUUGUGAUCAGUGCCGGUGAACUCUAUGAUGCCAGAUACGUUUCGAUUGGCUGAGAGUUUCCAGAAAUGGGAAAUUGUCCAAGGUUGUAAAUGGGAAAUUGUCCAAGGUUGUAAAAGGUGUGAGUGUGUGUGUGAGUGUGUGUGUGUGAGUGUGUGUGUGUGAGUGUGUGUGUGUGUGAGUGUGUGUGUGUGAGUGUGUGUGUGUGAGUGUGUGUGUGUGAGUGUGUGUGUGUGAGUGUGUGUGUG